AUGACUCAACAGAAUUACCAACGGGACUUGGAAAACCACCCAUAUCAGUCGAGGAACUCCUUAGAUAUUCGUAGCGAGGGUGGACUUGAGUCCUUACCUGCCACAGGGACCGUCUUUGGUACACCUAAUCAGGGCGGUGGCGCCACAGGCCCCACUUCGGACGACCACACCGCAAAUUCACACUCAAGUUCGGUUCUCAAGGCCCAUCCUUCCCACAAACAGGGUAGUCCCACAGUGGUCUCAGAUCUUCUGGCUGUGCUGGAUGAUCAUGCAGCACUGCACGACCCACUACAUUCCAUGAACGCGACGGCCUUACAUCUGCCGCUGGACACGCAUUUUUUAGCGCAGCCUUCAGAUUCUAAUUCAGUUUCAAACUUGAGCUCAAACUUGAACUCCAACUCACAUUCGCAUUCCUACUCAAAUUCCAAUUCGGUGUCCAAUUCCUCAGGACUUUCACCACAACGGAUUUUACAGGAUCCCACUCUGUUAGCCCACGACGAUGAUCCAUUUGCCGCAAUAAGCCAUCCAAUAGGUGAAAUUGGCGCGUUGCAAUUCCAAUCCAUGGAUGCAGCUAACUUGCGGAGCUCGUCGAUAACGGCGUCUUCUAACGAGCAAUCCCAACAGCCACCACCACUAGCAGAACAACAGGACCGACAUCAACAGUUGCUCCAAUCUCAAUACCAACAAUCUUGCAUUGACCCAAAUCUACUAAGCAAUGCAACUGCCAGCUUUGUAGAUUCCGGGCUGGUGCCUGACCGUAUAUCGCCCGACAAUUUUGCUGACGAUGAUAAUAAUUCAGCAUUUGACGACUUCGCCUUUCAAAGAAGACCAAGUGAAUUAGCCUCUUCACAUGCAGCCACUCAACCAGAUUUACAUGCUCGCAAUUCUAUUUCCUACAAUACAGAUGCGUGGAAUUUGCCGACCUUGACGUCAAUACAAAGGUCCGGUCCGAAGCCACGCCGCUCAUUUGGAGGUAUUUUACCUUCCUCAACCACAACUAUACGACCUUCCAGUACGGGAAAACGCUCAGAGUCGCUAAGACCCCUCAGUCUAUCUACUUCGCCGUUCAAAAUUGAUAAUGAGCUCACAAAAUUACUGGAUGAUUACAACCUUAGCUAUUCUGUUCAAAAGCCAUCAAAAACAAGGGCUGGUUCCUUUAAUACCUUGAACAAUCAGCGUAGGUCAUCGGCAACUGAACCCCAACACCGUGUACAAAAACAACGUGCCUCGAUGUCUCUAGUGGAUGGUAACAAUCAAGAUUUGAUCGCAAAGCUUUACGGCGAUGUUAAGGCUCCAAGGCCCAGGCUGACAAGUCUUUCAUGGGAGAACGCCAUCAUGUCUGAUGAUGAGGACGAUGAAGACGUGACGGAAUCGAAUCCCAAAACCACUGAGGGAACGAUGACCAACUCUGUUCAAGUGACAAUACCUGAGAGCAAGCAGACUCGCGAGCCUUCCGUCAGUAACGAAAUUGCGGGUGUAGUAGAUAGUAGGGAUUUACGAGCUGCUCCCAUCCAAGGCGGAAGCAAGUCAUUCGAAUCUGAAGAUUUUUUAUCACACGGCCUCAACGCUAAUAUAAAUUCCAACGACGUUGGAUAUAUGAUGCCAGAUACUGUUGCAAAUAGCCAGAGUCCUGACCUAGAGUUUACAGAUAUGGCUUCAAGUUCAACAGGACAUCAAAUAAAUACGUCACAACUGACGUACGCUUCAUCUGCUUCACCCUCAUCCUUCCACUCUAGUUACAUUGGAAAUAACGGCAGCAACAGUCAGGCUUCUGGUAAGUCCCGCAAGUGGCAGCCGUUUUCCAAGACUCCACGCACUAAGUCAACGUCACCUCUGGACGAAGACGAAAAGCCCUUCAGGUGUCAGGAGUGCCCAAAGACAUUCCGCCGAAGUGAACACCUCAAGCGACACAUCAGGUCGGUCCACUCGUCCGAACGCCCGUUUCAUUGCUCCUAUUGCGAUAAAAAGUUCAGCAGAAGCGAUAAUUUAUCGCAGCAUCUCAAAACCCACAAGAAACAUGGAGAUUUUUGA